ACAUUUUCCAACCUCAGGCAGCUGGAUGCAACCCGCUUGCAGACCACUACUAUUAAAAUGGAAAACCUUGGUGUGAUCCAUCUGAGCUAACACUGAUUCUAUUUUCAUGGACCUACGAAGCGCAAAUCAAAUGCCUGCAGCGGCAGCUACGGACCUUCGUCUGUUCGCCCCACUCCCCGAUGAGAUCCUCCACCUCUCCGAAUCCGAGACUGCUUGCCAAUACUGUGGAAUCUCGUAUCUCCUACUGUCGAAAUAUGAGCGAAUGUUAGAGCAUGUAAGAGGCUUGGAAAAGCAUUUGUCAGGGCUUCAGGAGUACGCCAAAGAGCGACCGAAGAUGCUGGAGGACCUCAACCUGCUAAGAAUGUCUGCAGGGGAGCUUCAAGGCAAAACUAAAGUGUUGGAGGGCGAGCUUGCAAGGACACGGCAGCAAGCCCGGGACUCAUCCACGGAGUUGGAGGCCCUCCGCCAGAAAUACGAGUCGGCAUCUUUGGAUUUGCGAGCGGCGUCCCAGAGGCAUCAGGCGGAGAAAGAUUACAAUCGGACAUAUGUCAACAGACUUGUGGGCUUGUUGACUGAUAUCCGGUCCGAGUUGCUCCAGCAUAAACGCGGUGUUGUCGAAGCUAAGGCUGAGCUUCGAGACAGUUACUCGAAGUUGAUUCGUGACACGAUUCCGGCCGUGCAGCACAUCAUCUCCGAACAGGUAUCGCAGUAUGUUAACCGACAACGAGCAGAGGUGGAGCAACGGCUGCAUCGGGAGUCGGAGAAGGAGCGCGACUCCUUAACCGAGCAGCUGAGAUCUGCCAAAGAGCAACUGGAUAUAGCAAAUGAACGGAUAUCCAAGCUGCAGCAUGAUCUCCAGCAGCAUAAGAUGGAAUCGGAGGAACAUGUCAUUGCCCAAAAAAACUACGCUCAGGGGCUGCAAUCAACCUGUCUGAAACUGGACGACCAAUUGCAUGCUGCCAGAACGAUGUUCACUAACCUGACACACGAGCGAGAUAAGCUGGCCGUACGGCAUCGCAACCUAGAAAUGCGGAUCAUAGAAGAACGCCAAGCAAAGCAUCAGAACUCCGCAGGGCUCCGAGACCAAAUUGCGCUGUUGGAAGCCAAGCUCGAGCAGAAAACGAAGGAGCUAAGCGACAUUUCCGAGAGACAGCAAUCGGAGCGUCGCAACUCUCAAGAUGGUGUCAAUGCGUUGGCAAAUGCGAACAGGGCGCUGGCUCAGAAAGACGAGCAAAUCCACUCCUUGGAAAGGGGCAUACGAGAGCUCCACGGAGCAACGCAAUCCAUGCGGCUCGACCGGCAGAGGACGAUCGAAGCGCACCAGAGUCGCAUAAAACAGCUCCAAGACAAGUUUCUGGAGGAGAUCACUAUAGCGGGGAAGCUAGAGGCAGAUAAGCGAGAAGCGGAAUUGCGGAGGAUCUUCGCUGUGGACAAGGACGAUGCUCUGCAGUUUCAGAGAGACACAAUAACAAUGGAGAUGAACUCGCGCAUAGACGAGCUCAAUCGCCAAGUAGAAGCGCUCAAACAAGCGAAAGACCAAACGGACAUGCGAGCACUCCGACAAGUACGCUCCGUGGAGGAAACCUGGGAAAGGAAGCACGCGGUGGCAAUCGAACAGCUCAACAAGCUGAUAGCAUCGAACGCCGCAGACUUUGCCCACUAUCAGGCCCGCAUCCGCGCACUCGAGGAGCAGCUUGCACAGGCCUCCACCACACAAAGAGUGUCUUCUGCAGGCCCGCCAGUUGAUCCCGCACAAAUCGCAGAACUGAAAUCACUACUGACGAAAAGGGAAGCGGAGAUCGGCUUUCUGAAGGAUACUGUCCGUUUGGAAUGCGAAGAAAGGAUGGGAUUGGUGGCGGAGCUGGACCUCAUCAAAAGACGGACGCCGGCCCCCGCCACCCUCUCUCGCAACCCGAGCCGAAACGGUGGCAUUCAGCAAAGUGAUUCUACAUCGGCCAGCCCGGUCUCCAGAACAUCGUCAACAAAAUCUAUGCCGCAGAUUCCGCCAGCGCGUGAGCCAUUGGAGCCCGGUGAACAGACGUUUCACAACCUGAUGAAGGCUGCUGCGGCUAAGAAAAACAAGAUGCUGUCCGCUAGGUCAAAUAUGGAGCUCAAUACCAAGGGCGGGAUGGGACUGCCAAGGUCGUCGUCAACGAGAUCAAGCUGGAGUACCGGGAGUGGACGCUUCAAAUAAGGAGUUUAUUCUCGCUUCUCGUACUCUGUACAUACUGUAACUUUGGCCACAUUCUUACAGGAGUAAUUAUUGAGGACGACGCUGUAUAUAUGUGUUGGCGAGCCCGACACCACCCAUCCUUGGGCUCAAUGUCCUGCUGCUUGUGAAUUUCUGAACUCUGAUGCGUCUUCGAAAGUCAACACGAAACUAACGCGUCGAGAUGGCACGUGACUUCAAAUUCAAAUCGCCUUCGUCCUGCUGCGCAGAACCCUCAGUAAAUUGUCCAAGUCCAAAAG